AUGGCCCUCCGCGCGUACUUGUUCACGUACAUCUUUGGCGGACUUACCCUGAUCCCGCUGCUCAUAGCAGCCAUACUCCUCCCAGCAUGGUAUCUGCAACCUCGAGUCUCCAACAUCGAAGCGACCAAAGCUGGCAACGAUAGCGACGGCGAGGACGAGGGAGAGAGCAGAAAUGUCAAAGAGACGGGACACACACGUGAUGCCGCGGCCAGUGGCACCUUCGCCGUGCUGAGACGGUAUGACUUUCAAGCAGCAAUGACAGCGAUCAAUGCUCGAAAUAAUGCCGGCAGCAACAACGCAAGCGACGGAGGUGUUGCGGGAGAGAAUGGUGGAAGCUCUGCCGGCGAAUCUGUAUACCAGAGCAUGUACCGCUCAGUAUUUGUCGGGAACAGGAACAAUAGCACAUCUUCACUGCUGCAGGACGAAGAUCAUCAAGACGGCCCACCCAGUCGAUGGCGGGCGGCUCCUGCAAACGUCCUAUACAUCGUCCUUCGCCAUGGACAUCUCAUGCUCUACGAUUCUCCGGCGCAGGUUGAGGUCAAGCAUGUCUUGAGCAUGGCACAUCACAGUGUUUCAUUGCAGGCGGGAAAAGACGAUGACGAAUAUGGCAAGGAGAAACAUAUCCAAGAGUCUGAUCUCUUCAUCAAGAGAACUGCAAUUGUACUGACCCCAAAGGAGCUCCCGAACGGCGCCUUGCAGGGACCCGCACACUCUCCCGCCAAACCGUUUUACCUCUUUUCAGCUACCAAUAUCGAGAAGGAAGACUUCUACUACGCCUUACUGUCGACACGCUCGCAUCCGCCGAAACCGAGACAGCUUAACGCCGAGGCGCUCAUCAAGCUACAGUCGACCCUUCAUUCCUCCUCCUUGACUGCAGACACCAGAGCUCUAGAUGCCAUCAUUGGGCGAGUGUUUCUCUCGUUGCACAACACCGAUGGACUUCGUGAUUUUGUUCGAGGCAAGAUCGAGAAGAAGCUUGCGCGAAUUCAAAAGCCGACUUUUAUACCCUCUCUACGCGUUCGCACAAUAGAUUUAGGCGAUGCCGCUCCUGUUUUCACGAAUUUGAAGCUUCGAGAUCUGAACAUAUCCGGGGAGAUGACAGUGGAGGCGAACACGAAGUACAAUGGUGGACUGUCGCUUACACUUCUCGCUGUUGCCAAGCUCGAUCUAGGCCCACGCUUCAAGGCUCGAACUGUCGAUCUUGUGCUCAAGACAUCUUUGCACCGCAUCAGUGGUACUAUGCUUUUGAAGAUCAAGCCACCUCCAUCUAACAGGCUGUGGGUCUGCUUUGACAACGUGCCUGAGAUGGAGGUCAGAGUCGAACCAGUGGUCAGCGAACGCAAGAUCACUUACGGCUUCGUGCUAAGAGCCAUAGAAGAGCGUGUGCGGACUGCUAUUAGCGAGGGCUUGGUGCGACCGAAUUGGGACGACGUUCCCAUGCCGUUCUCCGACACAAGAGGCAACGUCACCAGAGGCGGACUCUGGAGUGACGAAGGCAAACCCGAUUCUCCUGUCUCAAACUCGAUGUCAACAGGACAUGCUGAAGGAAUACCUCCUCCGCAAAGGACACUGUGGGCCUCGAGAAAUAAGGCUCCUCUGUCUCAAAAGGACGCCCUUGAAGAACUGCGAGGCAUUCAUAGUCGCGUCGGAACUCAGCCCGCAGCUGAAAGUGAAAGCGACGAUGACAUCGCCAAACAGAUUCCAGACGCUACUGACGCACGAAGCCUGGGCGAAACUUCAGAGGGCUCUGGAUCAACGCUACCGGCCACGCCACGAUCUUUCUCCGUCCGAAGCACAGAUUCUGAUAGAUCGACUGCACCCACUUCGAUAGGAACGACUCGCAGCGAGCAGCUGCAGACCAAGAAAGCAAAUCUUCUCGCUGCAACCGCUGCUGCCACUACAGCGGCGCGCAACUGGGGCUGGAAUGCUAUUCAGCGUAACAAGAACAAUCGAGCAGCAUCGCAAGGCGACUUACAACCAGAGCCUAUGGGCCGAGGACAGCCGCUGCCUCCUCCAGGACAACCACUCCCUGGUCCUCAGAAAGGCAUAUGGGGUGGUCCCCAAUCCUGCUUCUCGAAAGACGCCACCGCCUCUUCCAGCCCGCCGACAACGACCCGUUGA